AUCUUAUUGUUUCAAUUAAUUCAUUUACAGGGAAAAUGUGCGGCCAUCUUUGGACCUACCCUGAUAGAAUUGGCCUGCCACACAAGUACCAAACUAGAGAAUAUGUCAUAUGUGUUUACGUCACGCUCAGUCGGUUACCUUGUGGGAAGCAUUAUUGGCGGCUGGUUGUAUGAUAAGUAUAAUGGCCAUGGAGUCUUGGCACUUUCCUGUGUUUGGAGCACUGUCAUGAUGAUAGUUUUGCCAUAUGCUACAUCUCUGGUUGGUUUACUUAUCGUGUCAGCACUUUUAGGGAUAGGCCUUGGAGCGAUUGAUACAUGUAAGCAAAACUUGAGCUGACUUUAUUUGCUGUAUUAAUUACCAUCAAUUUUAUUAGGUUAUAUGUUUCAAGAGUCUGUUUAAACUUACAAUAACCCCAUACAUGUAGUUCACUCCCAGUGUGGUAAUCUAAUGAAAAAUUCUAGGCAAAGAAGACGACAAGAGAAGCUAGCACAUCUAAGUUUUUUUAUAGCUUUCAUUUAAAUGGUGACACCAUUGGAUUUUUAAUCCACAGACUCAAAAAUCAACUUGUGGAGCAUGUUGUAAAGUUCUAUUAACAGUAAAAUACUGGUCAAUAUUGAGCUUUUAAUUGAAAAGUCACAAACACUUUAGGUUUUUGUAUACAGACUCAUAAGUAAAAACCGUCUUGUAUAGUGUAACAACCAGUGCCGGGUACAGUAAAGUACUGGUCAGUAGCUUUUAUUUGAGAGCUUUCAUCAUGGGAUUCGGUCCAGUAUUGAAAUGUACAGUAUAUAUGAUAAGUAGUACAUGAUGUAAUGAUCUCUGAGUAGUUUUCAUUUGAACCUGUUACACUUUAGGACUGCAAUGAAAAACUAGAACUACAUAAUAUUUCUUCACCAUUGCUUAAAAAAACUUGAAGGUUUGUUUAUAGUGGUAAGUGCAGUUAGCUAAUUAGCUAACCAUCAGUUUACAGGCACUCCACUUAAAUAAUUAGAAACCAAUAAUCCAAAUAGAACAUAUAACAGCCAGGAUUAAAAACCCCAACUGGCAGGAGGCAACCAUUUGGUUAUUUACAAGUGUGGCUGAGAAUUUGAACUCAGGACAACCAAGAACAAAUCCAGCAAGUGGCCAGAGUGGGGACUCAAAUCCAGGAGCGCCAGAUUGCGAGUCUGCCUGGGCCACUGGAUUAUGAGUCCAUCACGCUGACUAUUUAGCCAUUCUGCCUCCCCUCCUUAGGGUAAAGGUGGUGACUUCAUAGAAUUUAAUUUUCCCCAGUAGCUUGUGGCUCAGGUUGGUUAUAGAGUUAAAAAUAGAUGUUUGCACAACUGACUUAUGUAUCACUGAGUAUGUGCAGGGCUUUCCAACCUUUGACAAAUGUUGAUCCAGAUCCCAAAUUUGGUAAUAAGAUAUACAGUGCAUAUCAGUAUAUCAUAGUUUAGGGUCUGCACAAGGUGUUUGCAUGCUGUUCCAAACAUAGGCGUACGGGCCGGGGGGGCGAGGGGGGCUGCAGCCCCCCCAAAUUUUGGGCAACUCAGUUUUUUUGGGCAACAAGAGAAAAUUUGGGCAAAGCCAGUUUUUAAACACGUCUCCAUGGUUAUUUGAUUAUUUUGAAGACCUGAAUAUUAACCUGAAGUUGGCGCAAUGAUCCAGUUACAUUCACACGAGACAGUGGUUACCUAGUAUCAUAAGUAAUUUAUAUAUUUGUAGUUUUUUUAUUGUUGGGCACUGUACUGCACUGCACUAGCUGGAAUGGGUUAUUUCCAGUUGUGAAUUGAUUAGAAUAAACUUUCGCAUAACUCUCUAGAAUCAUCUCCACUGGAAGAACAGGGUAUGGCAGAUUGCAUUAGCAAUGGGUCUGAAAGAGAAGAAAUGGCUGACUAAUUUCCAGUUUGAAUUACGAGAAGAAUCUGAAUUCUUUUAAAGAAUCUAUCGUUAGGUUUAAAAUUAUUCGCUAAUUUGGUACUUAAAGUAGACCGAAAUGUUUGCAAAACCGCUAACAAGAGCGCCUUGAUACACACUAAUCAAAUCCUUCUUUCUAGCAAUCGGUGCAGAGCUGUCUCCAGGGUCUUUCACACACGUUUUUAAAUAGAUUAAAACCACUAUGAGGUUAAAUUGCAUGUCAAAAGCGCUUCGUUUUCUACAGAUAACGGCCAAACAUCAAGAUUUUCCUUUUCUUACCGUAUUUCUUACGAUAAAAACUUCACCCUAAAAUAUCUCGAUAACGCUAGCGCUCUUACAGAUUUUGCUUAAACUUCACGAACAUCGAGGCGGCCGUAUUGGAGAAAAAAGCUCCUGUGAACGACUUUGUAAGGUUCCCAAUGCCGAGAAUUAUUGCUGAAGUAAAAUAGAUGAUGGCGUCAUUUCGUUGCUAUGACAACUCCGAUGUCAUUGCAACCCUGAUCAUGACAAAUUUUCAUCUUAAUACAACUGUGGUGGCAAUUUUUCCAAAUGCUUGUUUAUGGCGACGUAGUUCAUACUCAAACUUGGUAUUGACCUUGAAAACUAACUGUAUCAAGCCACCUUCAUAUGUCAGUACGGCCUAUGUUAUUGUAAUACGGCCCUCCUUUCUUUCCGACUCUUUCGCAAAAAUUUGGGCAACCUGCGAUAUUUUUUUGGGCAAAUGGUUUACCGCCCCCCCCCCCGGCAAAAAAUUUCCCGUACGCCUAUGGUUCCAAAAAUGUGGUUUAAAGCUGCUUGUGUUUUGUCUAGCAGGAAACAAAUAGCUGUCGACAAUGGUUCCAUGCUUGUUCUGUACUAUUUAUGUUCUCAAUAUAUUACAUCAUUUUUCUUUUUUUUUUAUUGCAGGUGGAAAUGUACUUUUGCUAAAUGUCUGGGGAGAGAAAUCACCACCGUACAUGCAAGCUCUUCACUUUUUGUUUGCACUUGGUAGUUUCAUAGCUCCACUCAUAGCUAAACCAUUCCUUCAAGACAACAUUGUCCCUACAAAUAACUGUGCCAAUACCAACAGCAGUCAAUAUUGUGCCAGUAAUAAUAGCAUAGGAGACAGUUCAAAUAACUUGUGCUUUAGCAGUUCCAGUGGAAAUACUUUUGCUGUUACAUGGGCCUUCUGGAUCUGUGCUUUUCCUCUUGCAAUCACUGGUAUUGGAUUCUUAGUCUUUGUUUUCAACAAAUCGUGCAGCUUACAGGACACAAAAACAAACAAUGAGGAUGCCCCGAAAACCACACAGGGUAGCUUGAUGUAUAGAGUCACCUUUUUGUCACUCUUCUCUGUGUUCUUUCUGAUUUACGUGGGCUUAGAGGAAGCCUAUGGAGGAUAUAUUUUCGCAUUUGGUAGCACAAGUAGUUUAAAGAUGAGCAAGGAUGGGGCAGCACUUUUAAAUUCUGGCUUCUGGGGAAGCUUUGCAUUUGCACGGCUUGCAGCAGUACCCAUCUCAAAAUACCUUCCACCAUCCAAGAUGCUGUGUUUAGAUUUGGUUGGCUGUCUGUUGGGAUCGGCUGUACUAAUUUCACAGAUCAAAGAUGGUGAUUGCAGUGCCGCAGACUCAACAAAAUUGUGGGUUGGAACAGUUAUUUUUGGCGUUUCAACAUCUUCAGUCUUCCCAGCUGGCAUAAGCUGGGCAGAGAAUUUUGUGACUGUAUCAGGAAGGACAGCAUCUCUUUUUCUAGUCACAUCAAGCACAGGUGGAAUGUUGAUUCCACUAUCUGUGGGUAGCACAAUAGGGGACACUGUGGGACCAUGCUCGUUAAUGAUCUGUGCUUUAGUAAUCAGUGUCUUGAUGAUUGUGGUGUUUUUGUCAAUCUUGGCAGCUGCUCGGUACUUUAAGAGAAAAGGAAGCUUUGCUGGAAUGCUGUUUCAGCCAAGCAAGAGCAAAAGGGAAGAGCUAAGGGAUGGUCAACCAGAUGAAGUUCUUCAACACUUGGACAAGAACAAUGAUUGUGACAAAGAAAUGGCCAUUUAA